AGACCCCUGGAUAGGCCACAGAGAGAGAGAGAGAGAGUCAGAGGAGUCGAAAUCAAAUGCAAAACACGUUCGACAGAAGCAGAGUGAGCUGUCUGUGACAGAUAAAGAACGGUGGCAAGAAGGUACCGGGGGCAGACACGACCCGUUUCAGUUUGGUGCAAAAUCCUGUAAUUGACGCCCGGUUAUUUCCAAAUGCAUCUUAUCCUCCCAGUGUGUGUGCGUGAGCGUGAACGGAUUUUGUGUUAAAUACGCUUUGGGGGAAAAAGGGGAGUCAAUCUGCUUUUAUACGGCUUCUCCCAGAAGAUCGAGAAGGUGGAGCGAUCAGAGGACUGAUGACGGACCGAUUAAUCCCUUCAAUGCAUCAAAAGGCGCCGGGAAUCGUGGCAACGUUUGUGUGGGAAUCAUGGGGAUAUACUAAUCAACCUGGAAUCCUGUGCGAAACUGCUGGGGAUUAGUUUGGGUUGAGUUUUGAAUACACACACACACACCUCUACACAUGUAUGUCUCUUCAGACACAGCGUUCCAGACGGGAGCUGGGGACGUGGAUGAGCUUGUGUGAAGCAGCUUUCUUCCUGAAUCCAUCCAACCAUCUCAUCCCAUCCCAUCCAUCUCCCGUCAGCCUGUCAGCCACGCAUUGCUUCAAUGGAAUUGGUUUGGAUUGGAGCCCCUUGCAUUAGAAUCAGACAUGGUCCAUGGGUAUCAGCACGGAUUGUUCCACGUUGUAUCAAGUCUCAUCCUGCUAGGACUCUGUGUGUCAACAAAAAAGACAUCAGACAAACCAACCUCUUCAAAAUCAGUGCAAUGUGGCUCUUGGAUCAAGAAUCCAGAUGGUGGCUUCUUCACAUCUCCCAAUUAUCCAAACAAGUACCCUCCUGACAGAGAGUGCAUAUAUAUCAUUGAAGCUGCACCAAGACAAAGCAUUGAACUUUACUUUGAUGAAAAGUACUCCAUUGAACCUUCCUGGGAAUGCAAAUUUGACCAUAUCGAGGUGCGGGAUGGACCUUUUGGAUUUUCUACUGAGAUUGGACGUUACUGUGGUCAAAAUAUUCCACCUUUUAUAACAUCAUCGGGUAGAUAUUUAUGGAUUAAAUUUGUUGCUGAUGGUGAGCUCGAAUCUAUUGGAUUUCUGGCAAGAUACAACUUUAUACCAGAUCCUGAAUUUGCACAUCUUGGUGCCCUGAAACCAUUGCCAGCGUGUGAGUUUGAAAUGGGAGGACCUGAGGGGAUCAUUGAAUCAAAACAAGUCGUGCAGGAAGGCAAAGCCAAUCCCACGGAGGCAGUUGAUUGUAAAUGGUACAUUCGAGCACCACCAAAAUCCAAGAUUUACUUGAGAUUUCUUGACUACGAGAUGGAGAAUUCAAAUGAGUGUAAGCGCAAUUUUGUGGCAAUAUAUGAUGGAAGCAAUGCAGUGGAGGACCUUAAAGCCAAAUUCUGCAGCACUGUAGCCAAUGAUUUGAUGCUUCGCACAGGGAUAGGUGUCAUUCGCAUGUGGGCUGAUGAGGGAAGUCGGAGCAGUCACUUCCAGAUGCUUUUCACAUCCUUUCAAGAACCCCCCUGUGAUGGUAGCGCAUUCUUUUGUCACAGCAACAUGUGCAUCAACAACACAUUGGUCUGCAAUGGUGUCCAAAACUGCGUAUAUCCUUGGGAUGAGAAUCACUGUAAAGAGAAAAGAAAGGCUAACCUAUUGGACCAGCUUACCAACACCAGUGGGACUAUAAUUGGGAUCACAUCUUUCAUUGUGAUUAUUCUCAUUGUUAUCUCUGUAAUAGUUCAGAUCAAACAGCCACGCAAAAAAUACGUCCAAAGAAAACCAGACUUUGACCAAACAGUUUUUCAGGAGGUUUUUGAGCCUACGCAGUAUGAACUCUGUUCACUAAAAGGAAAAGGGGCUUCAGCUGAUCUAGGGGACAUUGUCGAUGAUUUUGAGAAUUACCAUAAACUGAGGCGAUCAUCUUCUAAAUGCAUUCACGACCAUCACUGUGGUUCCCAGAUAUCAAGCAUUAAAGGUAGCCGUAGUAACCUCAGCACUCGGGAUGCGACCAUCCUCUCAGAUAUACAGCCACAGCCGGUGAAGCCCAGCGUCCAGUCAUUAAGCAGGCGGAGUAUCCUAGUCAUGAAGCACAGCUACUCACAGGACGCAGCAGAUGCAUGUGAUAUUGAUGAAAUCGAAGAAGUUCCAACUACAAGUCACAGGCUAUCCAGAAAUGAUAAGUCUGUCCAGCGACUGCUUGAGAAUAAUGUGCUGCUGGAUGAUUUUGAACAUGCAUCAAAGAAUUUUGAAAUUGUGGACCUUGGACAUACACCAGCAUGAGUCUCUCGGACAUCAGUUUAUCGCCUGUUUCCUGAACCAAAUGUAGAUGUGCAAUAAUGAUGUAAAGACCAGUCUUUGUGUAGCCUUUUGUUUGAGCUACAAUCGGAUCCAGGAUGGUACAAAUAUCUACACUGUGUAUCUGUUUAAGACAAAUACAGGCAGAAGAUCAAGUGCAAUGGUGGAAGACCAAGGAUCCAGAACAAUGUAACUCAGCACUGAGGAUUAACUCCUCAAAUGCAAAAUAAAUAAAACUAUAAUAUGUCCAGAUUGGAGCACUAUAGAAUCCAGGCAUUUUACUCUUCCUGUUUCAUUGUGAUUUUAAUGAUUUAAAAUAUAUAUUAUCUCUAGCAAGCAAAGGUAGUUGCAAAAAUUCCCAAUUUUGUUAUGACGAUUAAAUCAUGAACAUAGCUCUGACUUUCUUUUUACUAUGUUACUGAGCUAUUCUUUGUAUUCAAUACACAAUAAUCAAUCUGCUUUCUUUUUGUAGCUUCAGAGCCAUCUUCACUUAUUUAGAUCAGUUCCUCACUAGUGUCCAUCACAGUAAGGUAGAAUCCAAGAUUGUUUUAAUUUAGUCUUGUUUAAAUGUACCUGAGAUUCUAGGGCAAUUCUUAUAAGAGAUCCCAGUUAAUUAUGGGGAUCUUAAUAUAUUUUCAGGGAUGAUUGAAAACAAUGGAGUCAUAGACUACUUAUAAAUAAUGUAUUUUUCUA